GGAGACCUUUGACCUCCUCGACAGCGGGCAAGCCGGUGUCCAAGGAGGAGGCCAAGGGGGCCCACUGGAUGACGUGGACCGGCGUGCUGGGCCCGGAAGUCAACGGCAUCUGGCCCAAAUACUCCGACGUGACCGACGUCAACUCGGUGGACGCCAACUACGGCGGCUCCGUGCUGGCCGCCGGCGACGACCUGGGCCUCGUCAAACUCUUCCGCUUCCCGUGCCUCAAGAAAGGCGCCAAAUUCAAGAAGUACAUCGGCCAUUCCGCCCACGUCACCAACGUGCGCUGGUCCAGCGACCUGCGGUGGUUGGUCAGCACCGGCGGGGCCGACCACGCCGUCUUCCAGUGGCGCUUCUUGCCCGAAGGCGUCACGAACGGCGUCCUGGAACCCCUCCUCCAAGAAGGCUACGCGGACUCCAACAGCGGCGACUCGGACUCGGACAUAUCCGACGUCCCCGAGAUCGACUCGGACAUCGAGCGGGAAUCCCAGCACAACUACGAGCGCCAGGUUUACAAGGACGACCUGCCGCAGCUGCGCAGGAAGCUGAUCGGGUCACUCAAGAGGCAGAAAGCUCCCGAGGAGGGUCUUCGUCUGCAAUUUGUUCACGGGUACCGGGGCUUCGACUGCCGAAACAACCUGUUCUACAGUCGGACGGGCGAGGUGGUGUACCACGGGCUCGCCCUCGACUCGCCCUGCUUCUCUUGCAGCGGUCACAAGGAUAAAGUGUUUGUGGUGAAGAGUAAUCCCUUCAGGAUGGACAAGCUGGUCACGCUGGGGACGAAACACAUCAAGUUCUGGCAACACACAGGUGGCGGCCUGAUGUUCAAACGGGGGAUCUUCGGGAACCUGGCCAAGCGGGAGACCAUGAUGUCGGCGUGCUACGGCCGCGCCGAGGACUCGCUCUACUCGGGGGCCGCCAACGGCGACGUUUACAUUUGGCGAGAAACCGCACUGGUGAAGACCGUCAAGGCCCACGACGGGCCCGUGUUCGCCAUGUGCUCCCUGGACAAGGGUUUCGUGACGGGCGGCAAGGACGGCGUGGUGGAACUGUGGGACGACGCCUUUGAAAGGUGCCUGAAGACCUACGCCAUCAAGAGGACGCUUCUGUCCCCCUCGUCCAAAGGGCUGCUGCUCGAAGACAAUCCGUCCGUCCGAGCCAUCGCGCUGGCGCACGGGCGCAUUCUGGUCGGCACCAAGAACGGAGAAAUUCUGGAGGUGGACAAGAGCGGUCCCAUGACGCUGCUGGUCCAGGGUCACGCGGAGGGCGAGGUCUGGGGUUUGGCCGCCCAUCCGCUGCUUCCCGUCUGCGCCACCGUCGGCGACGACAAAACCCUCCGGAUGUGGGAGCUGUCGGCCAAUCGCCGAAUGGUGGCCGCCGGCCUCGUCCCGUUGCAGGCGGACAAGCUGGAGUGGGCCAGCUGGACUUGCGUCCUGGGUCCCGACUGCGAGGGAAUCUGGCCCGCGUUGGGCUCGGUCAACGCGGCGUCGCUCAGCAGAGACGGCAAACUGCUGGCCAGCGGCGACGACUUUGGCUUCCUCAAGCUCUUUGGCUUCCCGUGCAGGGGUCACUUCUCCAAGUUCAAAAAGUACGUGGGUCACAGCGCCAACGUGACCAACGUCCGCUGGUCCAACGACGACGCGCUGUUGCUGUCGGUGGGCGGGGCCGACGCGGCGCUCAUGAUUUGGCUCAGGGAACCUCCGGGUCAGAGGGAGAACAAAGCCCUCGACAGCGAGGAGUCCGAUGACGACGCCGAGGAAGACGGAGGCUACGACAGCGACGUGGCUCGGGAGAGGGCGGCGGACUACGUGACCAAGGUCUACUCCCCCAGCAUCCGGAAGAUGACGGGAACCAAACCUCACCUGCAGCACAAGGAACUUGCGCUGGAAGAAAGACCUCCGGUGAGUCGGGCGACUCCGCUGCCUGACAAGCUGCUGCGGAACAGCGCGUCCAGGAAGAAGAAGGCGGUGGAGGACCUGCGGCUGGAUCACGUCUUCGGGUACCGGGGCUCGGACUGCCGCAACAACCUUCACUACCUCAACGACGGCGCCGACAUCGUCUUCCACGCGGCGGCGGCGGCCAUCGUGCAAAACCUGUCCUCGGGUUUGUACCGGCAAAGGCCGCGGGAGACCGCCUUCCUGCUUCUUUCUCGCAGAAAAGGCUCCGCGGCGGUGUCGCACAUCAGAUCUCAUAAGGAGAACGGACAUCCGAUGUCUGCGACGCGAGCGUUCUUGGAAACGAGGGGCUACGUCCACUUCAGCGCCACGGGGAAGCUGCUGCUGUCCGUCGGGGUGGAGCCCGAACACGUCGUCAGCGUGUGGAGGUGGCAGGAAGGCGCCAGGAUCGCCAGCAAAGGGGGCCACCCGGAGCGGAUCUUCGCGGUGGAGUUCCGGCCCGACUCGGACAGCCAGUUCGUGUCGGUGGGCGUCAAACACGUCAGGUUCUGGACUUUGGCGGGCGGCUCGCUCUUGUACAAGAAAGGCGCGCUGGGCGCGGCGGAGGACGGCCGCGUGCAGACCAUGCUGGCCGUGGCCUUCGGAGCCAACAACCUGACCUUCACCGGCGCCAUCAACGGAGACGUGUACGUGUGGAGGGAGCACUUCCUGGGGCGGGUGGUGGCCAAGGCGCACAGCGGGCCCGUCUUCGCCAUGUACACCACGCUGCGGGACGGCCUCAUCGUCACGGGUGGAAAAGAGCGUCCGACCAAGGAGGGCGGCGCCGUCAAACUUUGGGACCAGGAGAUGAAGCGAUGCCGAGCCUUUCAGCUGGAGACCGGUCAAGCGGUGGAGAACGUCCGAUCCGUCUGCAGGGGGAAGGGCAAGAUCCUGGUGGGAACCAAAGAUGGCGAAAUCAUCGACCUCGGGACGCUCGCCCCCGAAAGAGCGCCGAGGCCGACUCUGUUCCGGGUCUCCUAGAAACUCCUGAACAAGGUGACCCUGGGCCAUCCCGCCAAGUGCACGUCGUACAGCCCCAACGGCGAGAUGGUUUCCAUCGGCAUGGAGAACGGGGAGUUCAUCGUCCUGCUGGUCAACUCGCUCAGCGUCUGGGGGAAGAAGCGAGACCGCAGCGUCGCCAUCCAGGACGUACGUUUCAGCCCAGACAACCGUUUCCUGGCGGUGGGGUGCGCGGAGAGCGCCGUGGACUUCUACGACCUUUCCUUGGGCUCCUCCCUCAACCGCAUCGGCUACUGCAAGGACAUCCCGGGCCGCGUCAUCCAGAUGGACUUCUCGGCCGACGGCAAGCACAUCCAGGUGUCCACCAGCACCUACGCCCGGCAGGUGCACGAGGUUCCUUCGGGCAAGAUGCUCACCGAAGCGGCCCUGGUGGAGAGGAUCACUUGGGCCACGUGGACGAGCAUCCUGGGCGACGAGGUCCUGGGCAUCUGGCCCCGCAACGCCGACAAGGCCGACGUCAACUGCGCCUGCGUGUCACGCGCCGGCCUCAACUUGGUGACCGGCGAUGACUUGGGCCUCAUCAAGCUCUUCGACUUCCCGUGCUCGGAGAAAUUUGCCAAACACAAGCGCUACUCGGGACACUCGGCUCACGUGACCAACGCCCGCUUCGCUUGCGACGACAAGUUUGUCAUCAGCGCCGGCGGCAGCGACCGCAGUUUGUUUGUGUGGAAAUGUCAGUAGCCGGCGGCGUCCUGCGGCGGCCCGCGCGAGGUCGGGCCUUUGCGCUCGCAGCGGCAGCGAGCGGCGCCACAAAUGGAGAAGCUCGCCGUCCGUCCCUUUUGUCAACUGUCGCCAAACGGCCCCCCCCCCCCCCCCCCCC